AGCGGCGGCCAUUUUGGGCUGAGGAGCGAGCGCGGAGGCCGCGGAGCGGAGCGGGGCCGGGCGGAGGGGGCAGGCCGGGCCGAGCCGAGCCGGGCGCAGGCGGCAGCCCUCGCACCCCCUGCAUCCGCGGAGCGCCCGCCUGGGCGGCGGCAGGUGCCAGGCCGCCAGCGCCCUCCCCUCGCAGCGCCCUACGCCGUCCCUCGGGCCGCGGGCCCCACGGACAUGUCCAGCAUGAACCCCGAGUAUGACUAUUUAUUCAAGCUACUUCUGAUUGGAGACUCCGGUGUUGGGAAAUCUUGCCUUCUACUUAGGUUUGCAGAUGACACGUACACAGAAAGUUACAUCAGCACAAUUGGUGUGGACUUCAAAAUCAGAACUAUAGAACUAGAUGGGAAAACAAUCAAACUUCAGAUAUGGGACACAGCGGGACAGGAGAGGUUUCGAACUAUCACUUCCAGUUACUAUAGAGGCGCUCAUGGCAUCAUAGUUGUGUAUGAUGUUACGGAUCAGGAGUCUUUCAAUAAUGUAAAACAGUGGCUGCAGGAGAUAGACCGCUAUGCCAGUGAAAACGUCAACAAGUUGUUGGUGGGGAACAAAUGUGAUCUGACCACAAAGAAAGUAGUAGACUAUACAACAGCAAAGGAAUUUGCAGAUUCUCUUGGAAUUCCGUUUUUGGAAACCAGUGCAAAGAACGCCACAAAUGUAGAACAGUCUUUCAUGACCAUGGCUGCUGAGAUUAAAAAACGAAUGGGUCCUGGAGCAACAGCUGGUGGUGCGGAGAAGUCCAAUGUUAAAAUUCAGAGCACUCCAGUCAAGCAGUCUAGUGGAGGUUGCUGCUAAAACUUGCCUCCCCCCUUUUGUCUCACAACAAUGAAUUUGCAAUCUGAACCCAAGUGAAAAAAAUUUGCCUGAAUUGUACUGUAUGUAGCUGCACUACAACAGAUUCUUACCGUCUCCACAAAGGUCAGAGAUUGUAAAUGGUCAAUACUGACUUUUUUUAUUCCCUUGACUCAAGACAGCUAACUUCAUUUUCAGAACUGUUUUAAACCUUUGUGUGCUGGUUUAUAAACGUGUAAUCCUUGUUGCUUUUCCUGAUACCAGACUGUUUCCUGUGGUUGGUUAGGAUGUAUUUUUGUUUUGAUGUUUCUAUUGGCAUGUUUAGAUGUCAGGUUUAGUCUUCUGAAGAUGAAGUUUAGCCAUUUUGUAUCAAACAGCACAACAGUGUCUGUCAGUUUCCAUGCAUAAAAUUUAGUAAGAUAUAUGUAAGAUCUGAUUUGCUAGUUCCUUCUUGUAGAAUUAUAAAUGGAAAGAUCACACUAUCUCUGAUUAAUAGUUUCUUCAUACUCUGCAUAUAAUUUGUGGCUGCAGAAUAUUGUAAUUUGUUGCACAAUAUGUAACAAAACUGAAGAAAUGUUUAAUAAAUAUUGUACUUAUUGGAAGUAAUAUCAAA